AAAUUUUAAAUUUUCAUACCGUAGAUUUGCGAGAGUUCUGGUUCUCCUCCUCCUAGCCAAGUAGAUUAAUACAGGUUUUUCCUUUCGGAAAAUGGGAGUCCAAGAGAAAGACCCACUUGCCCAAUUGAGCUUACCACCGGGUUUCCGGUUCUACCCGACCGACGAAGAGCUUCUGGUUCAGUAUCUCUGCCGCCAAGUCGCUGGUCAGCCAUUCUCGUUGCAAAUCAUUGGAGAAGUUGAUUUGUACAAAUUCGAUCCAUGGGUCUUACCCAGUAAGGCGAUAUUUGGUGAAAAGGAGUGGUACUUCUUUAGCCCGAGGGACCGGAAGUACCCAAACGGGUCUCGACCCAAUAGAGUUGCUGGGUCAGGCUAUUGGAAGGCGACGGGUACGGACAAAAUCAUCACCACCGAAGGGCGAAAGGUCGGAAUCAAGAAGGCUCUGGUUUUCUAUGUAGGAAAAGCACCGAAGGGCACCAAAACCAAUUGGAUUAUGCACGAGUAUCGCCUUAUCGAGUCCUCUCGCAAAAACGGCAGUUCAAAGUUGGAUGAAUGGGUGUUGUGUCGCAUAUACAAGAAGAAUUCAAGCGGUCAGAAACCAAUUGCGACUGUUUCGAGCAAGGAAUACAGCACCAAUGGAUCUUUAUCUACUUGUUCUUCCCACCUUGACGACGUUCUCGAUUCAUUGCCGGAGAUUGACGACCGGUUUUUCAAUUUGCCUCGUAUGAACUCACUUAGAACAUCACAGCGCGACGAGAAGGUGAAUUUGCACAACCUGGGUUCGGGGAGCUUGGAUUGGGCGAGUCUUGCCGGGAUCAACUCGAUGGCAGAACAAUUUGCGGGAGGACAAAAUAACACUCAGGGGAUGGUGAGUUAUGGACAAAAUGACGUUUAUAUCCCCCAAUUGCAACAACAAGUAUGCCACGUGGACACGAGGGUUCGGAACUCGGUGGAGGAGGAGGUGCAGAGUGGAUUGAGAGGGCAAGGGAUGGAUAGCUCCGCCGCUUUUUCCAAUCAGAACUCGGGAGCAUUGGCUCAGAAUUUCUUGAACUCGCUCGACCCGUUUGUAUUCAAGUACCCGACCCAGCCGAGCGGGUUCGGGUUUAGGCAGUGAAAAUAUAUUUUCCCUGUAUAUAAAUCUGGAAUUCUUUGGUCCAACAUUUUGGCUAUAGAGAUUUCAAAAGGAGGGAAAUACACCAAGUAGGGGUAAAAUUCCAAUUUUACCCAUCUUUUGCCCUUGGUUGGGGAGGUUAGAUUUAGUUCACACCAAACACGUCUUUGUAGAAUUUGAUUCAAUUUCAAGAUUAUUGAAAUAUUGAUUAGGAUGUAAUCUUCUCAAAAGGGUUUGUAGAUUUGGAUACAUUGGUCAUGUGGACAAGGCACUAUUAGACUAUUAGUAUUUGAUGUAUGAAACUUAUGCUUAAUUAGGAUUUAAUCUUCUCAAACGGUUUGUAGAUUUGGACACAUUUGUCAUGUGGGUAUAUGACACUAUUUGAUGUAUGAAGUAUUUAGGCUUUAGAUAGUUUUCCUGUCUUGAUGUAUGGAUCCAUUUGUUUCCUUUCUUAAUACACAUACUAUUCUUAUUCA